AUGGCCUUUUCCAAUGUUUCAUCCAUAGGGCCCCCAGAAGCUUCUCUGGAGGAAUCCUCAGAAUACCUGCCCAUGAAUAUUGGACACUAUGAAGAUAUGCAGGCAGACUGUCUAUCUGCCAUCUCCCCCUUUCCAGACCUAGGCAGCCAAAGAGUGCAGCUGGAGGAACUCCAGGAGCUUCCAGCACGGCAGGAAUUGUGGGAACCAUUAGAAGCCAUCUUCCCCAACAAGAGGAUAACCUGGAGCCUUGGAGGACAAAAGAUGAAGGUGCCAGGAAUCCAUCACUGUUUGAUGAAUGAAGAACUGGAGGAGGCUCUUCAGGCAACUUCACAAAGAAAUGAAGCCAAAUGGAAGCAGCUUCAUUCCCUGGCCAGGAUGCAGUUUGUAUGUGAACUCUGCUUGGACUCUGUUUCUCUUACUUCAUUGCCUUCAUCAGUCUUGACUAUGGAUUUUAUGGUGGGCCCAGUGCAGUUUUAUCCAAAGGAGAACAUGUGGAAGGACAUGGCCUGUUCCUUCAACAUUUUAACAUCUCACUUAUACACAAUCACUCUUCCUUACACCAUGCUACUUGCAAUGCUCCACAGCUCACAAACUGCCAGGAACGAGUACCCCGAGAUUGCUGGAGAUGCAGCCUUUGUCAAUGGUUGGGAAGACGAAGGGGGAGCUGCCGGCCCGUCCCCGGGCACAGCGGAAAGCCCACCUCGAAAGACAAGGGGCCACCGUCUCCUUCGUCUCGGCGGGGAGGAGGAUCUCGGGGAGGAGGAAGCUGGGCCGCUGCCGAAGGAAUUUCCGUCCCACCUGGGAGCGCUGACCGGGCGGGAGAAGGUGGCGCUGUAUUGCGACGAUCUCUUGAAGGGCUGCAAGGCAGAGGAUGCCAAUGAAGCUGUGAGUAAGUAUCUUGUGGAAAAGCUGAAGAUGAAGGAAAAUUGGCUUGGAAUUUGGAAAACCAAUCCAGAACUGUUUUUUGUCAAUUCUGAAGAAAUUCCCAUACCAUAUAUUGGAGUGCUUGUUGAGGUUACUUGUAAAUUGCCCAGUAGUCCCUCUGCUAAUUUCAACGUUUCUGUAUCUGUAGCUGAACCCUUUUCCUCUAAUAUUGCAAAUAUUCCAAAACAACUAGUUGAUGAAGUACUAGAAGAAAUGGAUUAUUGUGUGCCUCUUUUAGAAGUAUAUCCUGUUGAGGGACAGGAUAGUAUAGUGUUUGAUAUAGCCAAGGCUUUAGAAAUUGUGAGAUUUUUCUAUGACUUCCUUUGGAGAGAUUGGGAUGAUGAUGAAAAUAGUGAGACAUAUGCUGCACUAAUGGAAGAGAGAAUUAAAAUUUGGUGUGAUAUUCAGAAUGGAAUUAUUCCAGCUCCAAUUGCCCAUCGUUUUAGAAGAAAUUUGGAAAAAUACAAGAGCAUGCAUUUGGAAUUAAUUCAUUACCAGAGUAAUAUCAAAGAGGAGCCCACAGCAGAAGAAGCUGUUGAAUGUUGGAAAAAAUAUUAUGAACUAAUAAUGCUGUGUGGCUUGUUGAAAAUAUGGGAAGAUUUACGUUUAAGAGCUCAUGGACCUCUGGCCCCAAGAAUACUGAAACGUAGAAAAGGACACAGAGAUGAUGGGAAAACUGUAACUUACAUUGUUGCGAAAACAGUGACAGCAGAAGUGGCUAAAGAAUUAUCAUCUGACACACUUCUCCAACAGAAUGAUAACCUAAACAUAGCUUUGGACAGCUGUUAUAGUGGUGAUAAUGUGCUUAUUUUCCCUGGAGAAUAUAAAGCAGCAAACCUAUCCAUGUUAACUGAAGAUAUUAUUAUUAAAGGAGUUGGAAAACCAGAGGAAAUUGUGAUAGUUUCUGAACCUGCUAAUGAGAGUUUUGUAGUAUCCAGGGCUAAAAAUGUGAAAUUAAUGAAUAUUACAUUGCUGCAGCAAGGGACUGUUGAUGGAAUUAUUGUGGUUGAAUCUGGACACACAGUUUUGGAGAAUUGUAUAUUGAAGUGUGAAGGGACUGGUGUUUGUGUACUUGUCGGGGCUUCACUGACAGUUAUAAAUAGUGAAAUUACUGGAGCUCAGGGAGCUGGUGUUGAGUUAUAUCCAGGAAGUGUGGCUACUUUGGAGGGUAGCAAAAUUCACCAUUGCAAUAACUUCAGAACUAGUGACUCUUCACGGGGUAGUCUUGGUGGAAUUAACAUUAAGAUCCUCCCUGCUCCUAAAUUAAGGAUGAAAAACAAUCAUAUUUACAGUAACAAUGGCUAUGGAGUAACAAUUAUCCAGCCUUCUGAACAGCUGGGUACUGCAGCAGAAGAAACCACGGAAUGUGCUGCAGCAGGAGAUGGAGAAGAUUCUGUUUCUAAACUGGUGCAGGAACUGAGCCUUCAGAUAAAUGCUAAUACACUGGAAGACAGCAUUGAAGGCAUCAGCAUAGUUAACUGAAGCUCCAGUCUCUCAUGGUUUCAACCAUGUGCUGUAGCACAAG